CUAGAUUGGAUAAUCAGCGAUAGAUCCGAACUUGGUAAGUGGAGAGAGAGAUUGGGUUCUGGUUUUGGUCUCCUCGGUCAAAAGAGAACACGCAAACCAGCCAACCCUUCACACAACGCAAACGUGUGUGCGCGCGUAGUCGGUGUGUGCUUCUCCCUCACCCCCAGACCCUAAUCGCCACAGCUUCGAAUCGAUUAUAUGACCGAUUACUGUUGGGGCCAGCAUGCGCUAGCUUCCUUGUCGAUUAUCAAGUUGCUGAUUCUGCUGAUUCAUUUCGUGCUGAAUUAUUGGAUUUGAAGUCAUGGAUUUGGAUUUGGUAUCAAGUGUCAAGGAAAAAUUGACAUAUUUUCGUAUAAAAGAGCUCAAAGAUGUGCUCUCUCAGUUAGGACUUUCCAAGCAGGGAAAGAAGCAGGAUCUUUUGGAGCGCAUAUUAUCCAUUCUCUCUGAUGAUCAAGUUUCCAAAAUGUGGGCUAAGAAGAAUGCUCUUGGGAAAGAACAGGUGGCCAAAUUAGUGGACGAUACAUACAGAAAAAUGCAGCCGAUAUCUGGGGCCACUGAUCUAGCAUCGAAGGGACAGGGUGCGUCAGAUAGUAGUAACGUGAAAGUUAAAGCUGAAAUUGACGAUUCCUUUCAAUCGGAUGCUAAGAUUCGCUGUCUCUGUGGAAAAACAUUGGAAACAGAGGAUUUGGUCAAGUGCGAUGAUGAAAAAUGCCAUGUGUGGCAACACAUCAGUUGCGUUAUUAUUCCAGAGAAACCUAUGGAAGGCAUCCCACCAGUACCUGAUAAGUUUUAUUGUGAAAUCUGUCGACUCAGUCGUGCAGACCCGUUUUGGGUUUCAAAGGCGCAUCCUCUGUUUCCAGUAAAGCUGACCAUAACCAGUAAUCCGACUGAUGGAUCCAACCCAGUGCAGAGUGUGGAGAAAACAUUUCAACUUACAAGAACAGAGAAGGACCUUGUGUCAAAACCGGAAUUCGAUGUUGAGGCUUGGUGUAUGCUUCUAAACGACAAGGUUCCAUUCAGGAUGCAUUGGCCACAAUUCACAGACCUACAGGUCAAUGGUGUUCCGGUUCGUGCAAUUAACAGACCUGGUUCACAAUUGCUUGGGACUAAUGGUCGUGAUGAUGGUCCAAUUAUCACGCCAUAUACAAAGGACGGAAUUAAUAAGAUUUCCUUAACAGUAUGUGAUGCUCGCAUUUUUUGUUUAGGGGUUCGUAUUGUUGAAAGGCGCAGCAUGCAACAGAUCCUAAACAUGAUUCCAAAGGAAUCUGAUGGUGAGUGUUUUGAAGAUGCUCUUGCACGUGUCUCUCGUUGUGUUGGUGGUGGAAAUGCAGCUGAUAAAGCUGAUAGUGAUAGUGAUUUGGAAGUGGUUUCAGAUACUUUCAGCAUUAAUCUUCGCUGUCCAAUGAGCGGUUCAAGAAUGAAGAUUGCUGGAAGAUUCAAACCUUGCAUUCACAUGGGUUGCUUUGAUCUUGAAGUUUUUGUGGAAAUGAAUCAACGGUCAAGGAAGUGGCAAUGUCCCAUAUGUCUCAAAAACUAUGCAUUGGAGAAUAUCAUCAUUGACCCUUAUUUCAACCGCAUCACUUCUAAGAUGAUAAAUUGUGGUGAAGAAGUUACAGAGGUUGAGGUGAAGCCUGAUGGUUCUUGGCGUGUCAAGGCAAAGAGUGAAAGUGAACGUCUGGAUUUAGGGAAUCUUGCACAAUGGCACUUUCCUGAUGGAUCCCUGUGUUUUUCUACCGAUGGAGAUGUCAAAAGAGUAGAAACAUUGAAGCAGGUCAAACAGGAAGGUGUUUCGGACAGUCCUAAUGGUUUAAUACUUGGCAUCAAGAAGAAUCGCAAUGGAGUUUGGGAAGUCAGCAAACCUGAGGGAACACACACCUCUUCUGGUAAUAAAUUAAAAGAAGUUUUUGGAAAUCAUAAACAGGUGGUUAUUCCGAUGAGCAGCAGUGCCACUGGAAGUGGCCGGGAUGGUGAUGAUCCUAGCGUAAAUCAAGGUGGGGGUGGGCAUAUUGAUUAUUCUACUACCAAUGGGAUUGAGAUGGAUUCUCUGUGUCUCAAUAAUGUUGAUUUAGCAUAUGGAUACACUGCCCAUAGCACUUCUGCUCAGGUGGGUGAUGCAGAAGUUAUUAUUCUUAGUGAUUCUGAUGAAGACAAUGACAUAUUGGUAUCUCCUCCAAUUGCAUAUAAGAACAACCAAAAUGAUGCUGCUGGAAAUGAUUACUCUGUGCCUCCGCCUGGAAUCGUUGAUUCAUAUACUGAAGAUCAGAUUGGUGGAAAUUCAUGCUUGGGGCUUUUUCCUAGUGAAGAUGAUUUUGGGAUACAUUCCCUGUGGUCUUUGCCUUCUUCUACUCAGGCUGGUCCCAGUUUCCAAUUAUUUGGUUCGGAUGCAGAUGUGUCAGAUGCAUUGGUCCAUCUGCAGCAUGGUCCUAUUAAUUGCUCCUCCUCAUUGAAUGGUUAUCCGUUGGCUCCCGAUACUGCUUUGGGACCUAGUAGUCUCUUACCUAAUUCCUCUGCUGGUCGGUCUGAUGCUGACUUAAAUGGUGGUUUGGUUGACAAUCCAUUGGCAUUUGCUGGAGAUGAUCCCUCGCUUAAGAUUUUUCUACCCACAAGACCUGCAGAAUCAUCUAUGCAGAAUGAAUUGAGAGAUCAGGCAGAUGUGUCUAACGGUGACUGCUCUGGAGAUUGGAUAUCCCUUAGCCUCGGAGGUGGCGCUGGCGCUGGUGGCAGUAAUGGCAAUGCUUCCACUCAAAAUGGGUUGAAUUCUAGACAUCAACUCCCAACUAAAGAAAGUGCCACAAAUACUUUGACCGAUACUGCUUCUUUGCUUCUUGGUAUGAAUGAUGUUAGAUCUGACAAAGCAAGUAGGAAAAGAUCAGAUAGUCCUUUCUCAUUUCCUCGCCAAAAACGUUCUGUAAGGCCGCGGUUGUACCUUUCUAUUGAUUCAGAUUCGGAGUAAAGGUGUCAGGCCUUGUGUCUCAAGAACUUUAGGUACUCUUCUUAACACCAGAUUUUGUUAUAAAUUAAAGGGAGGCAUUUUUGGUCCUCGUGAAAUGGCAGUUCAUGUGGUCUGAGGCAUCUCUGGUGGAACAGAGCUACAAAUUUGCCCUGCUAAAAUGCUUGCACACCUAUUGGCAAUUGUGUUGGCUGUAUAAGAUUCUCAAUUUUUUAUGCUUGAUAUUUAAGUUGCCCUUAUGAUAGAUGUUAACAGGUUAAGCCUAAGCUUUUAUUUCCUUCAAUUUUCAAUGAGGAUCUGCUGGUGUUUAGUGCUGGUUCAUUGUACAGUUGGUCAUUCAAAUCUGGUAGUUCAAACUUUUUAAGUUUGUGGGAAGUUUCCCUUGGGAAUAUUAUAUAUAGCAUUUUUUGUCUCUGCUGAGAGCAAAUAACCUGUAAAUGCUUAGCCAUCGGAUUCAAUAGUGAAAUCAAAAACAUUUUUUUUUCUUAAUCA